AAAAGAGGGAAAAAGGAAGACGAAAAAAGAAAAAGACACUGUGAGAUGCGCACUUUGCGUGUCACAAGGGAAAAUAAUAGCGUUUCUUCUCUUUCAUAGCAUCGUUUUUUUUGUGCUUUUGUUGCAAGUUUUCUGACAACCUCGGCUGCUUUCGAGUGCUAUGCUCAUAUUGAAUAAUGUGAGAAGCAAGACGUGGACGGGGUUACGUAGUUCGGCUUUCUGUAGGGAAACGUCGAGUACACGGUCGCAGUAGCCAGGGUGGAUUAUGUCGAAGAUGCGGCAAAAGAGAUUCCAACGAAGGAAGAGCUUUGUCUUUCCGCGGCGUAUUUCGGCCAAAAUUUGUCAGUGAAACUAGUACCAAUGAGUGUUGAUUUAUGGCGGCGCGAGUAUUACUGCUCAGCAUCUUGUUUACAGAAGUGCUAAGACCCGCCUGCCUCGCAGGGGUGAAAGGAACAAGCAGCAGUGCUGGAGGUUUUUCUGCAUCUAGAUCAGAAAUUCUGGAGCUGGAAAAAAGCGGAGGAUUAGGUGUCAGACUGGAGACAGAACCUAGUAAAAAUGUGGUGGUUGGCCGGAGGGGAGCUACCCUCCGAUGUGCAGCCGGAGCUAAUCAGAAAAUAUUUUGGCUUCGCAAUGGCGUAGCAGCCCCUCCGUGUGGCCCGGCAAGAUGCAUUCAACUAUUUAAUGGUUCUCUGCAUUUCUAUAAGAUGAAUCAAAAAUCCAGGGACAAAGAAAGCCUAACUAUUGGGAGUGAUAAGAUUCAAAGAAACGAAUGGUACCGUUGUGUAGCAAAAAGUACUGUAGGCUUACUUAGAUCUUUACCUGCUCUUCUACAGAUUGCCGACUUAUCUCGUGAAUUUGAUGAAUCGCCGAAUGAUGUGAUCGUAUACGAGGAAGAAAUAGCCAGGCUGUCUUGCUUCAUCCAUAGUGUUCCAUUUCCGCCCAACAUUACUUGGCAGCAUGAUGGUCAACCGUUAUCAUUCGUUAAUAAGACAAAAUAUUUCAUGGUAUCACCAGGUGUUCUAUACAUAAAUUCAACGAAGCAAUCUGAUGCUGGAUCAUACAGAUGCAUAGCAACCAACGAGUUCUUGAGGAAGUCUAGAAAAAGUAAAGAAGCCAAGCUGCAUGUCGCUCCCACGUUUGAGAAAGAGAAAUCAAAUGUACCUGUUGCACUAUUUCCACAAAAUUCAUACAGGUAUCAGCUUAUUGCUGGAUCAGAUCUGAAGCUGGUUUGUGCUGCGUCCGGCUUCCCCUCUCUUAUAAGAUGGAUAUUCAUUUCUCAGCACAAAGAUGGAGUUGUCGUAACAAAGCCUCGAGUCCUACUUAAUACAAACGGUAGCAUUGCAGUCUUGAAGUUGAAAACCGUAAAUGCUGGUGAUACAGGUCUUUACCAAUGUUCCGUCGAAAAUGCAGGAGUAACUCUGCAAAUUCAGAACAUUACAAUAGAGGUGCUUAUACCACCAACAUUCCUCAAAAAACCUGUUAAUCAACGUCAUCCUAACGGAAAAACCGCCAGAUUCGAAUGCCAAGCUCAAGGAGUCCCCACUCCUCAAAUUUAUUGGCUGAAGGAUUCUGUGAAUCUCACUUCAAAUCCUCGGGAGAAAACAUACAUGCGGGAGAAUAAUAAGAUGGAAUUAGCAAUUGCCUCUACGGUUCCAUCUGAUUCUGGAAUCUAUCAAUGUGUCGCAGUAAAUGCUGCAGGAGAAGCUUGGGCCGCUGGUCGCCUUCAGGUUGCAACAUCAUUGCAGAGUCCACCUGUACCUACAUCUUUGAAUUGUCAUGCUCUGUCAUCGGAUAAAAUUUUCCUGUCUUGGAAACCUCCACACAUGAUGCUUUUCUCUAAUGUUACAUCGUAUAUUACCGUUCAUUAUGCUCUGACAGCAUCUGGUAGUCGUGAAGACAUAGUUUUACCUGACCAAAAUUCAUCUUUUAUUGAAAUUGAAUCACUUCAGCCAUUUACUAAUUAUACUAUGUAUGUUCGGAUGUGGAAUGUUCAUGGAGCUAGCAAUCAAUCUGCAACUAUUCAGUGUUCUACUGCGGCAAGUGGUACGGCAACAAAUGAUGGCAGGAUAGAAUUGUGGGAUAGAUUUGUUCCUAUAGCAGCUCCGUCAAUUACCGUUUACCCCAUAAGCAGUACAAAGCUUCACGUGUCAUGGCUGCCAUUGAGCAAAGAAGAGGCACGUGGUUUUGUUGUAGAAUACAAAUUACAGUGGAGGCUCGAGGAUCAUCCAUCAGUAAAGGUUCGAAAUCUCUCUUCGUCCGUUAAUCAACAUGUUCUCACUGAUCUGAUUCCUGGCACACGUUACGAGGUUCGAGUCUUAGCUCGCACGAGACAAGGCUGGCCCAAUGUAAGUGAUUUACGAUUUAACUGGACCAGCGUGUUAAUGCCUUUGACAGAUUCUUCCCAAUCCCCAUUUGGACAGUUGGUAGAAAUCGAUGUUGUUAAUAUCAACGCAUCAGCGGUCAAAAUAAAGUGGAAGAUUAACAAAGAAACAACUAAAUCGGAAACAGAUUUCGACUCUUGGCAGUUGUAUUGUCAGGAUGAAGCGGGGAAAAGGUUGUUGACUAUUUUUCUUCCUAAGAACAGUACGGAACACUUGUUUACAGAACUUGCUGAGGCAACGCACGAAAUUGGAUUGUGCAUGAUUCAUUCUGGACAAUCGUCGAUCUGCUUUCUAAAACAGCUGAAGUCAAAGUCACUCAUUGACGGUAAUGCCCUGACUGAGUUGGAGGGAGUUCCUGCUUCGUCAACCUCUAUUAACAUAACUUGGUCAACAGCCCCGCUUAACACUAAACGUUGCUAUGAAGUUUGUUACAAUGCUGUUAACUUUGCUGAUUCCGAACAACCAAAAUGUUUUAACACGACCGAAGUGAUGAUUACAGUUCAUUCUUUGAAACCUUUUACACUAUAUCAAUUUAAAGUGAAAGCUCUGUACAAUUCCAGCAAAUGGUACAGUCCAUACAGCGAAACUAUAGAAUGUUACACAGAUGAGGACUUUCCAGGUCCUGUUAGAGAAGUACAGUGGUUUCUAUCAAACAUCACCGAGAUUCGCAUUGCUUGGAAAGAGCCGAGUAGAUUGAAUGGAAUAAUACGCAGUUAUGCUGUGUUUUACACAAGUGGUCCACUGUCAACACCUCCAAAUCAAUGGAAAAAUGUCACUGUAUCUGGAAACAGGACAACCGCCAUGUUACCAGGGCUAACACCCAGCACGCGAUAUUUCGUCGAAGUACGAGCUGCUACUAAUGCAGGGUACGGCAAAUCUUCAGAGAGAAUCAUGAUCCAGACGGGGAAUGCCCCUAAAAAUUCUACGAAUUCGUUGCCUGGAAAAACUUCACCCUAUAAGCCAGUAACAGAUCAGAGCCUUGGCAUAAUUGUUGGUGUAAGCAUAAGCACCUGUUUCAUCAUCAUCUGCCUAAGUAGUAUAUAUUGUAGAAAGAAAUGGGAAAAUAUCCAGUCAUCUCGAGAAACUUCGCAGACAUUGAAAGAUCGGGUAAUAGUGCGAAACGGAAAUGGUUGUUGUAUAGAUAGAAAUUCUGUUCCAACCGCUCAACAUGUACCCGUAGCAGCAGCUACGAAUGAAAUUGAACUGGCAGUUUUUUUUCCACCGUCAUCCAGAUCUACGAACUCUCAUGUAGAUAUGCAUGGUCAUUCCACCAGCGUUGUUGAAUCUUGCGUGAAGGAACCUCUUCUGACGCAAUGGAAUAUAAAUGGCGACAAUCGAGAUUUUGACAUUACCGAGAAUCCCCAGUUCAAACGAAGAAGCAGCACCACGUCAGACCAACUUCCUGAACACGAAUUAGAUUGCACACAACUGACAACCUUGAAUUAUACAGUGACGAGUAGCGGUAGCAGUGUGAACAAUAAUUUCGAACAUUCAGACAGUUUAACACCUUUUCAGCAAGUUCCAUCAAUGGCUGGUCCUGUCGUCGGCCCAAAUGGGUGAAAACACCUGUAAAUUCGGAAAUCGAUGUAUUCCGUACUUCCGGGGUAAGCCAGGUAAUCAUUAUGAUAAUUCUCACAUUACUUUCUACCGCCACUAAGCUGGCUACAAAAAGUCGAUAUAACGAAAGUGGGUAUACAAGCGAUAGGCUCAACGGGCUGAAACCAACUGCGUUCAAAACGUCGUAAAGUUGUGAACUACGAAGGUAACAAUUCACCACGUAUAGCCUUGACAUUAUGUUAUCAAAGAGAAUGAGUGCCCGAUUAUAGUGCUGAAUAUGUAAAUAUUAACCGAUCUAGUAUAGGUGUGUUGCCGACCAGUCACGAAAAUAAGUUCACUAUCAUCAACGUAUGUAUGACUCAGCUACACGUACAGAUACACUUACUUUCUGACAUUAAUCGAAUUAAGUGGUUUUUACAACAUGGUAGUUGCUCAUAUUUAAAAACCUACACUCCGUACUUUUUACGAUUCAUAAAAAAUCAAAAACUGCAAGCGUUUGGGCAGAAUAAUAUGCAUGUUGUCAAUCUACAUACAUACUCCGUACAUGUAUAAUCCGUAGGUGCUGGAUACGAAUUUAUGUACUCUCGAUUAUUGUUGUUGGUUUUUUCCGGAUAUAACUUAGCGGGAUGUUUAUACUUGUCCGCCUUGUUGAAUUAUCUCAAAUUCUGGCCUGGAAAUAUAGGUAUUUUUUGCUACGCGUAAUAUCAUCUUUAGUUUGACAACAUAGUAAUGUUAAUCAAUCCACCUAAUUAUGUAGCUAAUCUAUUAUUUAUUCCUGACUAAACUUUUACGCUCAGCCUUUAUCCAUGUAGUAGCUGGAACAAGGAUAGAUUUUUGUGUUUUUAUUUGUCACAGCACUCUCUUUUGAUUCCGUGAAAAGACUAAUGUACCGAGUAAGACUGAACGUUUGAAACGUGAAUUUGAAGCAACUUUUAGCAAACAGUUAUAAGUAGCUGAUGCCAGGCCAAAAGUGCAGCAAACGAAACUUCAAAUCUGUAUUCAAUCUCAGCUGAUAACUUGUUCCUUUGUCCACAACUUUUGGAAAAUAGCCAAAAGCUCACAAUUAGUGUGGACAAGUCAUGAAUGACUAUUUACUUUUUCCGUUAGAUUUUUCGAUUAUGAUUUCAAUCUGGAUUUAAAAUUAAUGAUAGAUCGCCUGCUUCAAAUAAUCACGAGCUAUUAUGCUGAGGCUCGUUUGCCCUUCUUGAACUGAUAAUUUCCUUUUCGGAAAUUUCAAAUUGGAAAAUAUUCGUAAACUAUUAUGAAUUACAUUCCAUAGAUGUUUAAUGAGCAGCAUCCAGACCUUGAAUAAAUACUGAUGAUUUCUAAACUUGAUGUAAUAUCUAGGUACCUACUAGCUGCUUUUGAAUGACUCGCUCCAGUAUACAAAGAAUUCAUACGCUUAAUUGUAUAAUCAGUGUAGUUUUCAAGUUUUAUAGAUUUCUUUUUGCCGAUGAUUUACAAUGUAUUUGAUAAUUGACAUGUAGGACUAUACAACAUAGCUCAAGUGCUUAGAGUUUUGUUAACUUGAUAGAACGACACCAAUUUGCAUAUUACUUUACAUGCAAUCUUUAUGGAUUAUUUCGUGACAGAAAAUUAACAUUCAACAUAAGCGAAUACGUAAGAAGUAGCAAACGCUAAGGGUAUGCAGUGUUAGUGAACAAGCAUUGUGUUGAAAAUAAUUUAAUUUUAGCAAAAAUUCUUAGUUCUUACAUAUAUAAAUAUAUAUAUAUAUAUAUUUUUUUUUUUUAAAGAGUAUACUUGCAGGCAAUUUGCUACAUUAUUAAUAACUGAACAAAGCCACCGAAUCACCCCAUAAUUUUUUUUCAAUACUGGUUUCAUAUCUUACACUUGAUGAAAAAAAGGAAAGAGGAUCCACACUACAAGUACAAUACACACAGUUGACACAAACACUCACACAGAAUUAUGGUGUAUGUUACCAUGACAGAACAACCCAACACAGUACCUGAUAGACUAAGUUGUAUCAUUUAGAGUGAGAUGUAGGCAUGUCAAUGUUAUUGCUGUACCUCCAUUACCUGUUAUUUAUUACUUCAUACAUUCAAUAAUAUUUUACCUUAUCAACACAAACCAUGCAAUAAUAUAGCUGGUCAGAGUGCAUGAGGCCCAAUAUAGUACGAUUUCAAUCGACACAAAGAAAAUCUAGUAUUUAUCGGUUUUUUUAGAAACAUGCAAGAAUUUAUAUACUAUGUCAUAUCCAUUGGUUCAUAGUGCAGAUAUUUUAUCCGAAUGCAAUUUUGUCUAAGUCCAAGAACUAGGAGAGCGUGAGCUUCAAAUUUUUUUACGUUCCAUUAAUUGUUUGGCAUAAACGCGUAUUCCACAAAAGCAAGUUAAUGGACAUUGAAAUCAGUUAUUCGAAAUAAAUGUGAUGGUGAUAAGCUUUUUGACUAAAUUUCAAUUAAAUUUUUGAAUGAUUUCAUAUUUUGCUCAUUGGUAUGGAUGACACUUUUCUGGCAGAAUCCUUAUUGGGGUUUUAUGACUUACCUUCUUCUGGUUCUUAGGUCUACCGUAUAGUUUCAUUAACUAAUUGGAACCACCUUCUAAUAUCAGAUGUAUGCCACUUUGGUAGGAACCGCAUUCACAGUUAGGACUUGCCUGUUAAAUUAUUCGUCAUUAGUCUUGACACGGUGCUGUUGUACAAAAAAUUUUUCAAUACCAAGCUACCGAUAUAUAAAUUGUGCAUUUGCAAUUAGUAAUAGUUCUUCAUAACGUAUUUUUUUAACUCAAAUAGAAAUUAAUUUCAUGUACUAGAUUUGAUAUCUUGCAUAGUUCAGAGAAUGUAGUUUACCAAUUAACUUUUGGUUCGUAUUCCUAAGUAGGUUUUACAAUAUGUUAAUUCACGAUAGAAAAAAAGAUCGUCAGGAGCUCAAAACAUCAUAUAUGCGGGGAAACUAUUUGUUGUGAAAACUUUGUAGAAGCUAUUACAGUUUUUGGGGUGUCCAUGUACGGCUACGUCAUAAGAGUUAAUUUCUCAUCUGCCGACUUCUUGUCAUAAGUAAGAUUCUAAUGCUCACACGAAUAAAAAUGUAACAUUAAAAAUAGUCAGAAUAUCUAGUCACAAAUUACAUGCCCACAUCUAAUUAGUCUUUGCACAUAACUCAUUGGUUUGCCGAUAUUAAUAUCAAAUGCACUUAUACAAUUUAUUUGUCAUAUCAAAAAUGCGACACUCUGAAAAAUCGACAUAGGGGAACAAAAGUUUUCUAACAAUAAGAUCACAAAAAUACAUAUUCGUGUUCAAGGUUUAUCAAACCUGUUAAUUGUCGCUUUCUCUCAAUAAUGAACCCACCUGUCUGUAGUUUUCAUCUUUGUAGAUUAAAAUUAGCAAUUUUUUAUUUUUCUGUGUGUUUUUCAAUAGAACUUCGAUGUAAGUUAUAUGAAUGCAAGCGAGAUAUUAGAUAUCUUCAGUUGUGAAAUCUUUCAAUAAGAGUUGAUCUUUUCCUGACAGAAAAGGAAGCAACAUUUAGUUAUUAUCCAUAACAUGGAUAACGAAUUUACGCUUAUCAAAACUAUUAUAAUAAGCUUAACCAGCCAAUAAUUGCUUCAGAAUAUUGCUUAGUCCAAAAUUUGUUUGCUACGACUUUCCUAGUUUUUGGGAUGAUGUGUCAUCGUGUCGUUGAGAACAUUUUCAAAAUAAAUUACCAAUUUUCGUUACAGUCGUAUUUAGGAACACCUUCAUGAAUCGUGUGAUAUUUUCAAAUGAAAACGUUGAUGUGAUAAUCCAUAGACAUGAUGUUGAACCAGUCAUGGGGUUUAUGGGGGCUGCGUAUGGUCGACCCAAGUAUGAGAUUAACAAUUGGACGACUUCAACUGAAAAAGCAAUAAUUUUUGGAAUCAUGCCAUUGCAUUGAAGAAAAAGAUCCCGAAAAUUGUAUUCUACACCUUACAUAUAUUGUGGGAUCAUGUCAAAGAUAUUAUUUCAAACUCUCUACUCCUGUUGGGAAUACAUUGCAUCAGCCAAUGUUAAAUAAGCUAUAACAAAGUAAAUUGUGAUGGAGCGUGGAUCGAAUUCAGCGUUACCCAUGGCAACCCCAAUUAAAUGGAUAUAACUCCAUAGCAAUUACUCUUUAGGAUGACUUGCAUUACUUAACUUCAACUUAACCACCGUACCUACUACCUACUAUUGUUUGUAUUUAUACCGUUUGACAUACCUCACCGGAAAAUUUUUAUAAUAUUAGCAAUAAGUGUAAUUAAUUAUUUCUUUUUUACUACUCCAACUAUGUACAAAUUUGCGUAAAAUCUAUGUAAUAAUUUCACGUAGUAUUACUACCGUUAACAAAAUUUACUCUUACUUAUUAUUGUAUAAAUGAUUAUAAUUUAUUUUUCUCAAGUAUCAUUACUCUCACUUUAUGUUAGUUGUCUGUAUGUUACAAUCAUACCACCAUCAAAGGUGCGGUUACUUUGUAAAUACUUAUCUUUGUGUACAUAUAUCUAUGUAUACAUAUAUAAACAUCGGGACACAUCGUAUACAUAUAUAGUAUAUUAUUAUCUACGGAAAACAUUAAAAAUAUAUAUUUUAAUAUAUUAAUUAUAAUGAAGUGCAUAGAAUUAUAAUCCAAUGGUUUGAUAGUAUUAAAAUUAAUAUGAUACACGGGAUGUUUAAUAAUAUUGUUGAUCUUUCUGUACGCAGCAUAUUGUUGUAAUAAUGAUUGAAUAAAAUUAAGGCAGCAUA